CAAACAAACAAAAAAACACAAGAAAGCGGUCUCUUCCCAGUCAGUCUCAUUUGGGCUGCCCCUUUCAGAGCUCUGAUUGGAAAGGAACAGGCGAGGAGAAAGUGGUACAGGGGCCAUGAAGAGACAGAAAAUGGUGACAAGCUUGGGGACACCAGAGACUUCCGAGAAAAAGAAAAAAUAUUUGUUUCAAGCUCCGCAAGCUGCCUUGGUUCCUCGGUCUCUCUGAUUGACAGCACGUGGGUGCAGGGAGACCCUGCGUGAAUGGAUUUUGCUCUGCAAGUUGCUGGCGCUUUCUUUAAUCAGAAUGGAAAUAAGGAUAAGCUGAGAGCUUACUGAUUUGUGGUAUUUAAGGGAGAAAUUAACAGCCUGCCAUGCAGCUGUCAGCUGGCAGAGAGAAAGGCAAGGUGAAGUUGUGGGACUCUUGCUUUCAGUUCUUCUCUUGUCUGUGCAUUCAUCGCUUCCUUCUGAGAGCUCUCCUUGCCUACAUUACGUCACCUUCCCUGAGAUGGGUGACGUAGAGCCAAAGCAGAAAUUAAACUUUUCCUUUUGUGAAGAAGAGUCUGAGAAUGAAGAGCAGGUGACAACACAAGAGAACAAGGAGGUCCCGCGCCAAAGCCCCACAACUGAGGUUCAGCGUGUGAAUACCUCAAGCCCACGCCCCAAGAAGGAGGAGGCUCAAGAUACGGAGACCCCACAUCAAAGCUGCAAGAAGGGCAAGGCUCACUAUGUGAAGACUCCACAAAGUCCCGAGAGGGGUGAGACUAGAGAUGCAGAGGUUCCCAGGACUCCCUUGAAGAGCACACCUGAACUCAGCACAUCUCAGGAGGAAGACAAGGGAUGUCCAGUUCCAGUUCCACAGACUCCACGGUCAGACCCUCUCAAGUGUCCUGAGACAGCAGCACACACUGCCCAUAAGAGCAGCCUGCAGCAGGAUGGCAUCCCUUCCACUCCCAAAAGUCUGCUGAGCCAGCUGGUGAUUUCUUCAACAGGGAAGGUCCUUCCCCGAAGUGCUAAGCCCUUGUGGCUCACACCUCCUCCCUUCAUGGAUGAGGCCACCUCACUGUCUCUCGUCAAGGUUAAUCCUUUCACCCCUGAGUCCUAUAAGAAAUUAUUCCUUCAAUCAAUGGGCAAGAGGAAAACCCCAGGAGAUACUGAGGAAGCUGGUGCAGAGCAAGGCGAAUUACGAGGGUUUCCUGCCAAGAAAAGUGUUAUACGAGAAACUAACAUGGCUUACCGCUAUGAAAAGGAAUUCUUGGAGCUAGAAAGAAUUGGAGUUGGGGAAUUUGGUGUUGUCUACAAGUGUAUUAAGAGGCUGGAUGGAUGUGUUUAUGCAAUAAAGCGCUCUACAAAACCUCUGGCGGCAUUAUCAAACGAAAAUUUGCAUUUACGUGAAGUUUAUGCUCAUGCAGUGCUUGGGCAUCACCCCCAUGUGGUACGCUACUAUUCCUCCUGGGCAGAAAAUGACUAUGUGAUCAUUCAGAAUGAGUACUGCAAUGGUGGAAGCUUGCAAGCUGCUGUAUCUGAAAACAUGAAGUCUGGUAAUCACUUCCAAGAGCCAACACUCAGAGACAUCCUUCUGCAAAUUUCCUUGGGGCUUAAGUACAUCCACAGCUCUGGCAUGGUGCACCUGGACAUCAAGCCUAGUAACAUCUUCAUUUGUCAUAACGUGCAAAGUGAUUCUCUUGAAGUCCCAGACGAGGUUGAAAAUGAAGCCGAUUGGUUUCUCUCUGCCAGUGUAAUGUAUAAAAUUGGUGACCUGGGCCAUGUGACGUCAAUAAGAAAACCCCAAGUGGAAGAAGGAGAUACUCGCUUCUUAGCUAAUGAGAUUUUGCAAGAGGAUUAUCGACACCUUCCCAAAGCUGAUAUAUUUGCCCUAGGAUUAACGAUUGCAGAGGCCGCAGGAGCAAAGACUUUACCCACCUGUGGUGCAAGGUGGCAUGAGAUCCGUAAGGGGAACUUUCCGGACGUUCCUCCGAAGCUCACAGAAGAUUUUCACAAUUUGCUCAAGAGAAUGAUCCACCCUGAUCCAAGAGAGAGACCUUCUGCAGCAGCUCUGGUCAAAAGUCAAGUUCUCCGGCCCUCCGUGAAGACGAUGGAGGAGCUCCAGCAGCAACUAAACUUGGAAAAGUCUAAGAUAGCCACACUGGAAAGGGAACUGAGAAAAGUCCAGCAGGCCCAGUCCCUCCAGGGAGACACCCACCAUGGCAACCUUGAGGUCUCUGUGGGCCAAAGAGAAUCAAGAAGCACAGACAGCUGGUAGGAUGAAAGAGUGUGAAGUCUUCAAGCUUUACCUGUGGGCAAUCUUCCCCAUCAGAAUUCACUUCACACCAGCCAACUUUAUACUAUAAGCUCUCCAGAAAGAUACUGAUCAUCCAACCUUCUUCUUACAAAAGGGAAAAACUUACAAAAAGGAAAAAGUCACCUUAACAUAGCAUUUGCAGCCAAGAUCACAAAGCUACUAAAACUUCUUAUUAGCAAUGGCCUCAGGUAUAAUAAUUGGUAUUCACUUUUCUUCCCGAUUGUUAUAUUCCUAAUGCUACCUAUCAACAACUUGAUCCCAGAAAGAAAUAACAUUUGGCUUGAGUUGAAGUAAGACCCUACAAGAAGAUGUGCAUGGAUUUAGACAGUGCUUCCCAUGCUGUAUGAUGCUAUUCAUCAAAGAGAAUUUCCAGCCCCUUCUGAGGAACAGUUUUCUUAAUGUAUUUUAUGGAUGGAGGUAACCUCUCUGACAUUGUAUUUAUUAAAUGAAUGGCUCCGCUGUUAUGUGAGGUGGGUAGAAAUAAGACCACGAAUAGCAUGGAUUUGCCUGAGCUGGUUAUUAACUUGUGAAACAAAAACCCUGGAGAUGGAAUGCUCAAGGGAAAGGUGAUGUGGCUGUUGUGACUCAGUAAAUUUGUCUUAGCCCUCUUAUGGCUGUUGAAUGGUUUUGACUUCCUGGAUAUCACCACUUCCGAUUUUAGUAGAAUCUGGCUUCAUUUCCUGUGGUUUUUUUAAAAAAGUAUAUUUUAUCCAAA